GUACGUGGGCGUCGAUGUUGCAUUGAAACCGUUUCGAAACGGACCGAGAACACACCACAAACUCAAUCGUUGGCAUCGGGAUGGACGAUCGCCGGGUCCGGACUGUGGAAGGCGCUGCCCGUUCUCCGCGGGUGUCGAUCAAAGCUGUCAACACCGAGACACCGGCGGAUCCCCUGGCACCCGGAGCUGCGUUGGAUGCGGUGAAUUCCACCACGACAACUGACAACGAUAGCAUCGCGUCGCCCAAAUCCGUAAUGUCCUCGCCGAAUCUCACGGGGGGCAUUGCGUCGUCGGCAGUGCGACGCGACUCGCCUUCUCCAUUCAAGCUCUCGAACCUGCUGCACUUUAAAGACGAUAAAAAAUCGACAGAAGACCGAAGCGCAGAGGUUGCAGGGUUGACGGCCGCGGAUGCCAUCGCCGGGACGUUGUCCAUGCACCUCAAGGACCCAGACAAGAAGAAGCUCUUCUACGUCAAGACGAAGUACCGCGUUGUGGUCUGCGCCAACAGACCUACCAUGGACCUCUUUACAUCGCACAACAGCGAUGCGUCGCCGGCAUACAUGUUGUCGCUGUGCAAAAGCUCGCUCGUUCACGACCCCAAGGCCGCCGCCGACGGCACGUUUGCUCUUCAUGUGCAUGCAUGGACGAAGCAAGCGACGGUGCACUACCGCCCGCAGUUGUUUGUCUUUCAUGAUGAAAAGCACCAUCGCGUCGAGGCGUGGAUCGCGUGUCUUCAACGCGCGAUCGCCGCGUCCGCCGACAUGGAUGAAGGGCAUGUGCUCGCCGCUGGGCUCGCGGACGCUCUGUCAACGUGCGUUGACGAGGAAGUGGACGAUCGGCCUUCAUCGUACGUUGAUUCCGAAUCGGCCAUGUCGGCUUCCAGUGGCAGCGACAACGACGACGACGACGUCGGGGAAGCUGUCGCGCGCACACUAAAAAAGCUGAAUCCGUUCUCCCCCAAGGCAUCUUGCGCACCUGCGACUUCACUCGAGUCUCAGCACCGCGCCAGCACCAGCGAUUCCAAGCCUCCAAUGAACCCUUCCACGCCACAAAAUCCCCUCGGGCGAUUCAACCGCGCGUUCCAAGCCAAGAAGCCGCCCCCGCUCGACAAAGCAACGUCGCACCCAGUGCUGUCGCUCGAAGAGCGAUGCGAGCUCCUCCGCCAGCACAACUUUGAUAAAGUCCAAGACAAACAUCCAUCCGACCAUGCUCGUCCCGACGCCGCCUCCAACGUUUCGGACGCCGUGCCACCACCCGUCAUUCGACCCCGCGAAUCCAAGCCCCAUUCGUCGGCUACGACGUAUCCAUCGUAUCGACAGCUCCUACGGAAGGCUCGCGCCGUGUUGCUGCAUCCCUCUGGUGGAAUGGGUCUCGUCCUGAGCUUCACGUCGGGAUAUGGCAAUGCCUCGGUGCUCUGUCCGUUGGCACUCGCUGGCUUUUACGCCGCCCAGCUACCCACGCACAACUCGGAUGAACCGACGUUGGUUCUGGGUUACCCCGGUCUUGUCGCUGCGUUCGUCGUCGUCCACGUGAUGGCGUCGUCCGGGUCGAUUGCAGGAGGCCUGGCCGUCGCGUUCGUCGUGAUGCUGUUGGCCCACAGCACGACUCUAGAAGCCAAGCGCCAGCACCUCAGGUCCGACAUGCGGCAGCUCACGAUGGCCGAGAAGUCGAACUUUGCCAACUGCCCCACCGUCGAGUUUCCUAGCUGGGUCAAGUUUCCAGAUGUCGAGCGAGCAGAGUGGCUCAACACGGCGAUUGCCAGGAGCUGGCCGUAUGUGAAGGUGGCCAUCAAGAACUCGGUCAUGUACUACGUGAACCCAAUGCUAGAAACAAACACCCCAGCGAUGCUGACGUCGAUGGUGCUGACGGACCUUGACAUGGGCGACACCCCGCCGUCGUUUGGAGGUAUCAAGUGCAUCCCGGACGACUCGAUGCUUGCCCGUGGCCCUGUCACGGAGGUGUCGUUCGACGCUGAAGUUCGCUUCGUCGCGGGCGACGACCAACUCGCCGAGCUCAAGUUGAUUUCGCACAUGGGCGGUGCCACCGCGCGCGUUCGGCUCAAGGACGCUGUCAUCAUGGGCACGAUGCGUAUCACGCUGCGUCCGAUGGCAUCCGUGUGGCCGGGCUUCAGCGGCAUCUCGCUGUCGUUUAUAAGUCCUCCGCGCAUCGACUUCUCGCUCACUGCCGCCAAGAUUGCCAUCACGAGUGUGCCGUUUGCGUCCGACUGGCUGCAAACUUUUAUCCUCGACAUCGUCACCAACAACUUGGUCUGGCCCAAAGUCCUGGACAUCCCGUUCUGGGACCCUGCGCUGUACCCCGUCGAAGGCGUCGACGAUCUGCCGUUAAGGUCGCCGUCCACGCAGGGACCUUCGACCCAAACGUCGGAUGAAAAGAGGAGCGUGUUUGGUCCGGGCGUCGUCUCGCUCCACGUCCGCAAACUCACGGUGCUUUCUCCCACCACGACAGCGUUGCCGGCCGAAUCGAUCGCGGUGCUGACGGCCGCGGAGAUCUACUGCAUCGUCAUGCUUGGCCAGAGUCACAAGACCGAAAUCCGCGUCAUCGACGGCCACGGACUGUGUACGCUGGAUGAAAAGUAUGAGUUUUACUGGGACAGCGUGGCAGCGCCGACGCUCCAGGUCGAAGUUUGGCAGCACCAGCGGGCGGUUCCAGACCAAGCGCUCGGGACCGCGACGGUCCCGCUCGGGUCCCUUGCCGCCAAAAGGGAUCAUGAGCUCCAAGUGAACGUCGAGCUGGGCGACGGCGUGCGCGGCAUUCUGCAUGUUCACGUCUGUCGGCGGUUGUUCAGCACCGUUCAAGUGGCUCGCUCAGUCACGUCGCAGCCCAAGAAAUCGCAGAUUGAAGGGCUCGGGCAUGACGUGUGUGUGGGCAUGCUGUUUGUGACGUGGGUGUCGGUGAUGUGGGCCAACGAGGACGACGCCCGAGCGAUCCAUGGAGUGUUUACCUGCGAGAAGCAGCGAGCCAACUCGACGACGCAGGCCAAGGUGAAAGCGUCGACAUGGCAGGAAUUGUAUGGCACGUGCAGCGUGGAAGAGGGUUCAUGAUGCGUGUUGUGCAGGUUCAGUUUCUUCGUGUACUCGGUCGAGACAGCGACGCUUGUCGUCGAGAUCUUUGAGAAGGCGCCAUCGAGCCGCACCGAGAGCCUCGGCACCGUCACCAUGUCGGUGCUCGAGUUGCGCAAGCGGCUCACGACCAACCAAGACGCGAUCACGGAAACGUUUACGCUGCAGCCGCCAGCAACAGCCGCCAGCGCCACGUCCUCGUCGGUGAUGCUCAUGUUUCAGUGGCGCCAACUGAUGAGCUGAACAAGCAGCUUCGACUCCAACUAAAUAAACACACGCGACGCUUGCUUUGACUGGAUCCCAACUUAAUUCGCAUGAAACUCUGACACAAAAACGUUGAGUCGGUCAAAUAGAACGCGCUGGAAGCUCAAUGUGGACUUGGCUGUCAACGCUUGAUGCAGCACCUUGCCCUUCGGGUGCGAGUAGCGGUCGGGCACCACCACUUCGACGUCGUAGUCACCGCCGCUGUCGGAACUCAUGUCGAGGAACUUCAGUGUCGCUUUCAGCGGCGGGACACUGCCUGCGGCUGUUGGCGCCCAGGUCACUUCCACCGAGAAGUUCAAGUCAAAAAUGUACCUAGGCAACUACGAUGAGUAACAACAUGACGAGGCAUGUCCUACCGCUUGGCGCCGCGAACAACGGCGAUGGAGGCAUCCCCGGCCAUGUCUUUCACUUCGUUGACAGACAGCAACCCAGCAGCUCCUUCUAGCGUCAUGGGUUGAGGGGGGACGUCGAUGACAAGCUGGGUUACGCGGUCCCGCGCAAACGCCGACAAAUCCUUCUCUUCGAACGAAUUCCCUUGGUUCCACGCCGACCCACCCUCGACGUUUUUGAUUUGGACGGCCUGGACAUCGUCGAUCUUCUUUGGCGCAAUGCUCCCAAUGAGAGCUUUGUCUUCUGCAGUGAGUUCGUUAUUGAAAAAGGUCGUGACACGGCCAUCGGCGAGCUUCUUGUACCCACGGACACCCUUGAGGUCUUCUUCGCCGUCCUCUACCACGACAUGCGCAGACUUGGCUUUUGGCGAUCGCGAUGACGAUGAAGAGGACGUUGGGAACGAUGGCGUGUUGUAGACAGUGCGCUUCUUCGGCGAGACUGGGCGUUCAAUGGGUUCAUUGGAUACGUGUUUGGCCUGGAGAUCUUUCGCUUCCGCGAGUGCCUUCGCGACACUGGAAUUACCAGACUCCAACGAAUCAGCUCGCGUAAGGGCGUCAAUGGCACGCUGGUACUGCUUCAUCGCAAUCAGCGCCUGGCCUUGCCGGAAAUAUCCUUUGGCAAAUGUUGGGAGUGCCGCAACGGCAGCUUCCGCAUCUUCCAACGCGAGUUCCUUUUUGCCCAUCUUCAAUCGCGUGGCGCUCCGAUUGCUGUACAGAAUGUGAAUGUCCGUUUGGGCGACGUCAAUGCCACGCGCAUAGAGCACUUCUGCUUCCUCCAUGACGCCUUUCGAGAACGCUUGAUUUCCCCGGCGCUUGAGUUCCUCGACAAGGGCCGAAAGUUCCUUGGGUUCUGUCGGGACAGGGCAGUCCAGGACAUCAGAGUGGCGGGACAUGCCGCGCGAGCCAAACAUGUUUCCGCGUGUGUCGAUUCGGUUGUGGCGGGGAUUGUUCAUUUUAGC